GCACUCGGGGCGCGGCGCCAGCAGGUGCCGGGGUGGCUGGCCGGGCAGAGGCGCCUCGUCCCGUGCCGGGGCCGCUUGGCUCGGGUUGGCGCCCGUGUGCCUGCGCUGCACCCGGCGGACGCGGCCAGGUGAGCGGCGCCCACGCGAGCUCGCACAGCGCGGUGCAGCGACGUCGCUGCUGAGCGUUCGGGACCGUAAGGACGGCAGGAAAGCGCCCUGGGCUUCACGCGUGUGCUCUUAGCUCACAGAUGGGUCCGUUUGUCUUUUAAGAUAACCAGGCUCAGAGGAAAGCGUCUGACCCUCAGGGCUCCAGGGCUCCUCAGGCCCGAUACCAGGAACCACAUACACAUCCUAGUUGCUCUGAGAAGCUGUUUUCAGAUGGCCUGCAUAAGCCGGAAAACUUCUUUUUUCUCAACUUCGUCAGCUAAGUUAGCUGCAUCUCUGCCCCUGUGUAACACAUACGCAUGCGUGCAUGAGCCCGGUCCUGCCUUUUUAGUCUGUCCAGAAAAAUGGAGCCACAUCUUGUAAACUGCAAACAAUUGCACUAAGAAAAAUGAUACUUGAGAUCUCUGAAGCAAUAACGGCUGGUGAGCAGGAGCGAUCAGAAGGGCUCUGAGCUAAGUAGAAAGCCUCCAGAGUUUGUUCUAACUAGUACCUCGCUGUGGCCCUCCAGCAGCUUGGAGGCCUGUUGGAUGCAUAAAGCAGUUAACGCACACUUACAGUAAGAAGUACAGCAAGGGAAGCCGGCUGCCUUACCCCUGCGACAACAGAGAAAAACCUCUUUCAAGAGAAAUGGUUUUUAUUCUGGGUCUCGAGUAAGAGUUUGUCGGAAAUAAAAUGGGAUAAAGUGCGGGUUUUCCCUGUAUUUGUAGAGUGUUAGUCCCAAAUGUGUAUACAUAUUUACCAGCUGAAGAGAUUAGAGCCUCCACUUUCAGCAUAAGUUUAUUCCAGAAGUAAAGCUAUAUACUGUUUGAAUUUUAGGGCUUACUAUAGGACAUGUUAACAGUUAAAUAAUCUAGAAAUUUCUUUAGCAACCUGUUUUGUUGAAUACCCUACAUUGGAGGCCAUUGCUAUCCUUUUAAUUUGGGUUCUUCGGGAGAAUGGUUGGAGAGGUGUGAAAGGCUAUGAAUGCUAAGCGCGACAUUCAGUUAGGUUUUAUCCUGUCAGUGACUAGAGCCAUUACAAGUUUGAGAAGGGAAGUCACUUGGAGUGAUUGCCCUAUCUGUACUCUUCUUUUCCCCCUGAAGCUUUGCUUUUAGCUCCAGAAUCUCACCAAGGAAGAACUGAGUACCCCGGGACUCUGAUUGUUCUCUGUUUCUGUAGGUGUCACUUUCCUCCCUUUCUUGACUCUGCAGUUUGAAGCAGAGACUCGUUUUCAGUGUGCCUGCUGCAGCUGGAACCAGCUUCCCUUUGGGAUCCCAGUGACCAUGGAAGGCAGGGGACUGUUAGGUUUCACCCCGAGAACUGUGUGUCAGAGGCACCGGGAGAGCUUGGUGGUGAAGCCAGAGCCAGGAAGCCAGAGCUGGGAACAGGGCUGCAGCUUCCAGAAGACCUGCCCUUCUGUCUGUGAAAUCUUCCGGCUGUACUUCAGGCAGCUGUGUUACCAUGAAAUGUCUGGGCCUCGGGAGGCUCUGAGCCGGCUCAGGGAGCUGUGCCACUGGUGGCUGAUGCCGGAUGUUCACACCAAAGAGCAGAUCCUGGAGCUGCUGGUGCUGGAGCAGUUCCUGAGCAUCCUGCCCGGGGAGCUGCAGAGCUGGGUGCAGCUCCACCACCCUGAGACUGGUGAAGAGGCCGUGGCUGUGGUGGAGGAUUUCCAAAGACACCUUAGUGAGUCGGGGGAGCUUCCACCUCCAGUGCAAGAGCAGGAUGUGCAUUUAAAGAAGAUGAUAGCUCCAAGUGCAACAGAGCAAUCUCCUACCUCAGUUUCCAGUCAGGGUCCAGCCCCUGAGGCCCUCUUGGGUCCUCCCUAUGACCCAAGAGCAUACCACCUCCCCAGUGGACACUUUGGCCCUGCUUUUCCCAAAGUGGGGGACUCCAGCGUACAGGCAGCAGCCUCAGUGCUGAGGAUGUUCAGGCCUCAGGAGCCUGCAGUGAAUAAGGACUGUAAGCAGGAAAAGUGGAAAAGCCUGACACUCAGUCACAGUGUCCUGUACGAGAACGUGAUGGUGAAAAAUGAGCACAGCACGGCCUCACUGGGUAAGAACAGGAUAAGAAGUUCUGCGUACACGGCAAAGCAGGAUGUUUCUAAAGGACCAGACUCAUUUGACACAGCCUCAGAGGGAGUCCUUGCAGUAGCCCUGCUAGAGCCGGAGUCUGGAGAUAUCUGUGAAGGUCUUUUAGAACAGGUAGAAGGACAACCCUCAGAUGAAGAUGAGAGUGAACUAGAAAGUGAUCUAUUGGAAAAGAAAGAGAAGAAAAACCCAGAAGAAGACAGAAAUGAGGAGUGUAAAGAUGAAGGGCAGCAUCUAGAUCUGCCCUCCAUUCCUGUUGAGCGUCAGGGAGAAGCCCAGAGACAGAAGUUCUAUCAGUGUGGGGAAUUUGGGCACCAGAGAGUCCACACCGGAGACAAACCCUAUAGAUGUAACGAGUGUGAGAAGACCUUCUGGCAGAUGUCUCAGCGCAUUGCUCACCUCAGAGCACACUCGGUGGGAAAGCCGUGUGAACGUAGUGACUGUGAGAAGACUAAUGGCCGCAGCUGCCAUCUUGCUCAGUCCCAGAGCCUCCCUAAUGGGGAGAAGCCGAGUAAGUGUGCUGGAUGUGCAGAAGCUUUCAUCCAGAGGUUCCAGCUCAUUGAUCACAAGAGGACCCAUGCUGGGGACAAAUCCGAGUGCACCGAGUGUGGGGAGGCGUGCAUGCAGAGGAAACGUCUUAUUCUUCACAGCAAUAAGCUCUAUGAGUGUGAGGAGUGUGGGAAAGCCUGUUCCAACGGAAAUCUUACUGACCACCAGAGAAUCCACACUGGGGAGAAGCCUUAUGAAUGUAUUGAGUGUGGCAAGGCCUUUAGUCGGAGUAAGUGUCUUCUUCGACAUCAGAGUCUCCACACGGGGGGAAAACCAUACAAAUGUAGUAAAUGCGGGAAAGCCUUCAGUCAGAACUCUCAGCUCAUUGACCAUGAACGAAUUCAUUCUGGGGAGAAGCCUUUUGAAUGCAGAGAGUGUGGGAAGAAGUUCAGCUUAAGUAAGUGCCUCAUUCGGCACCAGAGACUCCACACAGGAGAAAAGCCCUAUAAAUGCAGCCAGUGUGGAAAAUGCUUUAAUCAGAACUCUCACCUGAUGAUACACCAGAGAGUUCACACUGGUGAGAAGCCUUACGAAUGUCAUGAGUGUGGGAAGGUCUUCAGUUACAGUUCUAGCCUUAUGAUCCAUCAAAGAACGCACACUGGUGAGAAGCCCUACAAGUGUAAAGAUUGCGUGAAAGCCUUUAGUGACAGUUCGCAGCUCAGUGUGCACCGGAGAGUGCACACUGGUGAGAAGCCAUAUGAGUGUCGUGAGUGCGGGAAAGCCUUCAGCCAGCGCUCCGCCUUUACCCACCAUCAGCGAGCUCACAGGGUGGAGAAGCCCGCGAGUCUGCUUCAGACCAUGUCUUAUGAUGCCUGGGGGCAUCUGCGGGUCUGGAACGAGCCUGGACAGCCGCUCUGGACACAGAGAUGCCGAGACCUCCGGCGGCCUAGAAGGGCCCCGGGGACGGAGGGCGGGCCUGCUGGACGAGGGGGCCCGGGGUACAGAGAUGCAGAGACCUCCCGGUGCCUAGAAGGGCCGCGGGCGCGAGGAAGGGCAGCGAGCCUGUGCUGCCGUCGCCGGCUUUGUUCUGUGUCUUCGGCGAGGGACGCACGGCCGCCGUCCGCGCCUCGGCUCCGGGAGCGGAGGGCCCCCGCCGUGGCGCCGUCCUGCGUCCCGGGAGGGCUGCCUUUGUCCAGCGUCUCCUCUGCCUGCUGUGGGCAGGACAAGAUGAGGAGAAAGACGAGAAAGUUCAAACGUACGACGUUUGAAGAUGGUAAAUCAGCCACAGGAGGGAGUGACCAAGAUUGCGAAGAUAAUGGUAGUCAGUGCUGUGACUCUGCCACAGAUGAGCGAGGUCACGGUGAAAAGAGACAGUAUGUGUGUGCUGAGUGUGGAAAAGCCUUUAGUCAGAGUGCCAACCUCACCGUGCACGAGCGAAUCCACACUGGAGAGAAGCCUUACAAGUGUAAGGAAUGCGGGAAAGCCUUCAGUCACAGCUCCAACCUUGUGGUCCAUCGGAGAACCCACACGGGCCUGAAGCCCUACACGUGUAGUGCGUGUGGGAAAGCCUUCAGUGGUAAGUCACACCUCAUUCGGCACCAGGGCGUCCACAGUGGAGAGAAAGCAUUUGGAUGUAAAGAGUGUGGGAAAGCUUUCAGUCGGAGCUCAGGGCUUAUUUCUCAUCACAGGGUUCACACUGGUGAGAAGCCCUACACUUGUGUGGAGUGUGGGAAAGCGUUCAGUAGGAGUUCAAACCUCACUCAGCACCAGAGAAUGCACAGAGGAAAAAAGGUUUACAAGUGUAAGGAGUGUGGGAAGACAUGUGGAUCCAAUGCAAAGAUUAUGGACCAUCAGAGAACUCACUCUGGGGAGAAGCCCUACGAGUGUGACGAGUGUGGGAAAGCGUUCACGUUGAGGAAGGCGCUUCACGAGCACCAGAGACUCCACCGCAGAGAGAAACCUUACAAAUGUAAGGAGUGCGGGAAAGCUUUCACUUCUAACCGCAACCUUAUAGAUCAUCAGAGAGUUCACACUGGAGAGAAACCUUACAAAUGUAACGAGUGCGGGAAAACGUUCAGGCAGACAUCUCAAGUCAUUCUACACUUGAGAACCCAUACCAAAGAGAAGCCGUAUAAGUGUGUCGAGUGUGGGAAAGCCUACCGCUACAGCUCACAACUUACUCAGCAUCAAAGGAAACAUAACGAAGACAAAGAAACCCUAUUGUUUAUCAGCCAGGUGUGAGGGCACACGCCUUUAGUCCCAGCAUUUCGGAGGCACUGACGAGGAGAUCUCUGUGAGUUUAAAGCCAGCCUGGUCUACAUAAUGAGUUCUAGACCAACCAGGGCCAAAGUGAGACCCUGUCUUAGGAACAAAAGAAAAAUUGGCAAUAAUGUUAAUUGCUACUUUUCUGAAAAUUAGAUUUUUAAUAACAACAAACUUAAUUCUGCUUCUAAGAAUCCAUACAGGGAAAGUAGUAAGUACCUAGAGUUUAACAAAGUGGCUGUUCAUGCGUCGUACCUAACUGGAGGAGGAAACAGACAAAGCCACCAGAACUAGGUGAUUACACUAGUUCAGUGCAGCGUGAGGGAUUGGCAGGCUGCUCACAUCAAGCUUCUGAAGCUCCUGUUCCUAAAGGACUUUCAUGUACGCCUGGGAGAAAUUUCUGGAUAAAUGGAAAAUGAAAAAAUGAACUAGCCAGAUAGAAUACUUAUGCCUAGGAAAAACAAGGAAAGAGCGAGAGGACUAAACCUAAAUUUUAACAAUGAUUAUCUCUGGGUGAUCGGUUGUAGGUGAUUUCUAUUUUAUUCUGUAUACUUUUUUAUGAUCUCUAGAUUUUCUACAAUGAAAGCAUUCAUUACUUUUAUAUUUAAGAAAAACUAUGAUCUAUUUUAAAUGAGUACAUGUUCAUUUGUAUUUAGUGUCGGUAGGAAAAGUACCUGUUAGGUAGUCUGAAAAAACUUGGGAUUCUGCCAGACGGUGGUAGCACACGCUUUUAAUCCCAGUAUUCAGGAGGCAGAGAAAGAGGCGGAUGGAUCUCUGUGAGUUCGAUGCCGGCCUGGUCUACAAACCAAGAUCCAGGACAGGACAGCCAGGGCUACAUAGAGAAACCCUGUCUCAAAACAAAACAAAACAAAAAAAACCCCAACAACCUUGGGAUUCUCCCUAAUACUGGCACUCAGGGGAAGUGGAAUUAUGAGCAAAUCCAUUUCUUUUUGAAUCCAAUUUCUAUGAAUGAAACUGGCCCUGCCUGUGUUCUCAGCAGUUUUAAGAUGCAUGGACUCUAAUCACUGCUAGGUUAGAAGAGCGCAGCAGGGAAAAUUAGUGCACACCCUUUUCCUGUGUGAAAAAGAAUCCCCACGUGAGCGCCAUUCUUCCAGCAGAUGUAUAGACAUGGGGGGGGGGGCGAGUUUUUCUCUUAACGAGCUGGAGAAAUUGUAGACUCAAAAACGAGAAAGUGGAGAACUUUGCCUUCAUCAUGUUAGGUGGGGUGAGUGGAUGAAAUACAGCUGGUUCAGGAGAUCCGGGUCCUGCCCGCUUGCCGAGUGCCAGCCAUCCACGUUGGAUAAAUGACUUCGCUGCUCAGACUGGACUGUUCACCUCAGAGGGUUCCCAUGAGCAUUAAGUGAGACAAUGCCAACCCUGGUACAUGGCGGAGACAAACAGCUCUUGGGAAGGUGAUCGGAGUCAUGUUUCUGAACACUUGAGAACUAAAAUAGCUUAAGAGAUGUAGCAUUUAGGAUAUUUUCAGGAUCCCAGUAAUAGCUUACAUCUUUAAAAUAUUCAGGGUUUUUUGUUUUUGUUUUUUUGUUUUUCUUUUUGUGUUUGUUUUUGAGGAGGUAGUGUAGAAUUAAGCAAUUUGUACUUGUUUUUGUAACUCAGAAGCUCAUCAGACUUGCAAUAACUCCAUAAGUGUUUUAUCAAAUUGUUUUCAUUUUUCAUUAUCUUGUGGUUGCAAGCCAUGGGCCGCAGCUGCAUGCUUCUUCAUACAACUUCUCCAAAGAUCAGGUGCGAGGGAUGGAAUAAGAUUUAUUAUUAUCUAUACAGGGUUCUGCCUGCAUGUACACCUGCACGCCAGAAGAGGGCACCAGAUCUCAUUACACAUGGUUGUGAGCCACCAUGGGGUUGCUGGGAUUUGAACUCGGGACCUCUGGAAGAGCAGCCAGUGCUCUUAACCAUCUCUCCAGCCGUGGAACAGAACACCUUUAUAUAGCUUAUUACUAUUAAAAAACAAACAAACAACAUGUUUCCUCAGAUGAGGCAGUAUGCUGUUACAAAUGCAACUGGAUUUCCCAGUUUGAAUGUGAGACCUGGCUAACCCCUAUGCCAAUUGCUUGUAAAACCCCAUCUUUAUUGCAAGCUUAAGGAAGGUUUUAGCCUAUCUUCAGUCACUAUCAAAACUUUCAAUCCCCUAGUUCAAAAUCUGCCUAGCUAUAUUUAGCAUCUCUCUAUUACUAAUUCCUUUUGUAGACAAUAAAUUCCAUAAGUCAAUGCUGUUUGUCUCCUGUGCGCAGUCCUUUCAAGUUAGUGAGGAAACGAGAUCUCAUUUAAUUCUGCCUUUAAUGUAUAGGGCAUUUGAGUUUCCGUGUUAUUAGAUAACUGGCUAGUCAGUGGUUGGAGCCAGGAUUUUAUCUCAAAUCUGUCUUUGAAUUUCAUUUUUUCUAAUUAUAACAAAGCACCUUUGCUAACUGGUGAUUCCAUAUGUGAAAGGGAAAACAGAAGUUCUGGGAAGUCACCUCCUCCAUCUGGACAGUUAUUGGCUAAAGCUUGACAAAGAAAGUGCUCUAUUUUCUCUGAGAUUCGUGGCCUGUUUUUGAUCAUCUUAAUUUCGUUUUCAGUUUGCAGUGAAGAGAUGUGGAGGUUGUAUGUUUGUUUAAAAAAAAAAACAAAAAAAAAGGGAUUGGUUUUGUUCUCCUUUGAUAAGAUAGUUUCCAUAUAAUUUUGUGAUACAAUAGUCUCUGUUUACUUACUCAAAGCAGAGUUUGCAGGUCUGGUGCAGAUUGCUGCAGUCAGGAACAUGUGUCCCUGAGCAGUUGCUGUGGCCUUCUCUAUGUUUGAGCAGAUAGCGUCUAAUCGCUGCUCAUCAUUUUCCAUCCGUGGCACAAAGUCUGAAGUACCUUUUCAGAUAGAUGGCUUUCCUAGAAAGAUUUUGUGGUUUACUUAAAACUAAAUACUUUGUAGAGAGGAUUGCAUGCCCUGUCAUACCUGAAGGUCUGCAUCCUGACAUCUUUGUGUUUCCUGCUGCAGCGAGCCUGAGGUUGUACUCUCCUGAGGCCCUGCGCAGGCCCGUGCCUGCCUUGGGCUGCAGGAGUGAAUGUCGACAGCAGUCCUUGUACCCUGCCAGGAAAAUACCCUUCUGUAUGCGUUGAACUGGCCGCAUUUUCCCUGGAAGGCUUCCCCGCUUGAGCUUGAACACGCAGUGCUGAUUACCGUCUUGCCUGUGAACUCAGGACAUAUUUUCUUUGACUUGUGGAACGGUGUGAAUUCUGUAGCAACAGGGAUUCCUGCACAGUUCUUCAGCUUCUAGUGUUGAUCUUCUUCAACCCAUACAUCUCUCUUCUAUUAUUCUCCAUUUUCCAUUAGAAAUGAGUUCUGUUGUGAAACUGUAUUAUUUAGCUUGGCUUCAUCUCUAGCUUCUUGUCUAGCACAGUUUGGGUCCCUAAAGACUAUGAAGAGGUAAUUUUUUUGUUUUUUUUGGCCCUAAACAUCCUGAUUGUGUAGACACACUGUGUGGAAUAAAAGUGAAUAUAUUUGACUGUCUGUGGUGGCACACUCUACAUCCCAGCACUUGGGAAGCAGAAGCAGGCGGAUCUGAGUUCAAGGACGGCUAGGGCUACACAGAAAAACCCUGGCGGGAUCUCUGAGUUCAAGGACAGCUAGGGCUACACAGAGAAACCCUCUCUCAAAAAAACCAAACAACCUUGUUGAGAGGAAAAUGGGUAACAAAAUAUCAUUUAAAAAUUGAUUUAUUGGUUUUCAUUUUAUGUGAAUUGGAGGUUUUGCUUCAUGUGUGUCUGUGUGAGGGUGCUGAUCUCCCAAGCUGGAGUAACAGUCAGUUGUGAGCUGCCAUGUGGGUGCUGGGAAUUGAACCUGGGACCUCUGUAAGAACAGCCAAAAAGAUACUUUUACAAAGAAAACAAAAAAACAGCCAAGUGUUUUUUUACUGUUGGGCCAUCACUCCAUCCCCCCAAAUACCAUUUUAUAUGGCUUUGAUUAAAGGGAAGUCUGUAAGACAAAGCUAGAAUGUAUUCUCCCUGUGAUUAGAGCAUUUUUAAAACUAGUGUGUACUGCAUUCUAGAUGGUGCAUAUUAUACAUCUUACUUGGAAGAAAUUGAAACCAAAGAGCUGAGUAAUUGUAUGUAAAUCACACAAGACUAACUUUCAUUAUAGCUCUUUAUCCACAGUGACAAACUUAAAGUUAUUUUUACAAAACUGUGUUUGUUUCUUAGUUUUUCUCUUAGCCCAGCUAUCACACAAAUAAUUGAGACUCUUUUAUGUUUGUUUAAUAAUAAGCUUCACAACAUAAUAACGGAGUAGUUAGUACUCUGUUCUUAGCCCUCUAAACUAGUCUGGCUUUCUCGCAGUACAUAUCCCAGAAAUACUUGCACUUUGCACCUUUUCUGCUCCAGCUCCUCUUGAUGCCUUUGGUGGCUGAAUCUCCUACUUCCUCCUCUGACUCCUCCCCUGGCUGGCAGGAAGUUUAUUGAGAUAUUGGGACAAUUGGAGAGCAGUGUUUUAACAACAUUGAGACAGAGUGAUUUUCAGAACAAGGAUUACAACCAGAUAUGGGGGACCCAGAAAUCAGCAUUUGCAUUACACAAUAACCUUGUGCCUACACCAAACCUCCAUUCUAAAAUGUUCAGUGUAAACAUAAAACAGUGCUCACAUUGUUGGGUUUGUCAAUAUUUUUGCUAGAAGUAGUGGUCAGAAGGAAGGAAAAGAAGACCUCCCCUACCAGUGGACUUGGGGAGGGGCAUUCGUGGAAAAGGAGGAAGAAGGGAGGAAUUGGGUGGGGAGGAGAGAGGGGACUACAUGGGGGAUACAAAGUAAAUAAAGUGUAAUAAAAAAAAAAGAAUGAACAUAAACCAGCUUUAGCCACUUUUAGGAGCUGGCUGUGCUUAGCAUGAAGAAGUGAUUGAUCCAAUAUUAAGCUCCUUUUCAUAAAGACCUAAAUUAGAGCUCUUUAGCCACUAGGUAAAGCCAUUCCCACUGCGGCCUUUGUACAGGCCUCAAGGCCUGUUUGUGUGACAGGUGUACUUCCGCAGCACUCCCACCUGUGCAGGACCGGCUCCAUUGUCCUUACGGCUCCAGAGUGACAAUCCACACAAAGAACCGAGAGAGAGAAGAGAGAAGGCUGUUGUCCAGAUGGAGUGAGACCCGCCCAGUGUAUACCGCAUCGGGCAAAACUGUGUUUACCUGAGCUACGUGCUUCUGAAAAAACCCUUGACCUUUAGAUUGGAACCUUGGCAAUGUUGUCAUUUAUAAGAUUCAUGUUUAUUAUGUGUGUGUCUGUAUGAAUAUGGCCACAUGUGGGCCAUUGGUCCUCUGAAGAUGGAGAUGGAGGUAGCCGUGAGCCAUCUGAGGUGGGCGCUGGGAAGCAAACUUGGGUCCUCUGGAGGAGCAGGAAGGGUGCCUUACCACUGCGCUUUUUAAAAAGCCAGUCUAUGUUUGUUAUGCAAAAAUAUUUCAUUAUGAUAGUCUCAUGCAUAUAUAAUUUGCAUUUUGAUCUUUGAUUUCUCUCCCUCAGUCUGUAGCUCUGACUUUUAUACAGGAAGUUUGAACCAUAACUCAGGGAUGGCAGCAGUAGCAUCAUGGAAAGACUUGUUUAUUGUAUUAGAAGUAAAGAAUUAUAAAACUUUGUAUCUAAUCAUAACUUAUCAAUGCACCUUCUUUACAAGCCAAGGAAACUGAGGUAGGAAAGUAUUCUUUGCAUUGCUCUAGCUCUGAUAGCUGAAAGCAAAGACAAAUAUAUAGGCACCCAUGACAGUGCGACUCCUCAUUUGAGAUGUUUUGCUGUGUGGACCAGGCUGGCCUUGAACUCACUAUGUACUCUAGUUUGGUCUGAAAUUUGUCAAGGUCCUCCUGUCUCGGCCUCCCAAGUGCUAGGGCUGUGAGUCCAUGCGUCAUGCCCAGCUCCAGUGACACCUGUAGCAAAACAGAAAGGCCUAGGUAAAAGCCUAAGUGGGUAGAAGCUAUGUGAUUGACCCAAACUUGGUCUGAAGUUAACCCCAAGCCCCUGUUCACUGCCUUCUACUUCCAUACCUCCUUAACCCAAUCCAAGGUGUAGCAUGUGUUCCAGUGGUUCUGCCAGAAACAUGGUCCUGGGGAUUAUGGGAAUGUGACCUCUUUGGGUUACCCCUUCACUCCCACGAUUCUCACCUGCAGUUCACUGGACUUCUGUUGUAUUUCCCAGUCAUGACCAUUAUUAUUGUAAAUGUAGCUUUUGUUAUAAAGAAGAAAAUCCCAGUCAUUCGCUUUUACCAAUAAACUCAGGAGCUAGAUAUUAGGGUGAAAGCCUGCUAGCUCAGCGAGGCAGAGAAAGCACCCACCUGACCUUCCUGACAUCAGCAGAUGUCCCAGAAGAAAAAAGCCAAAAGCCCUCCUUCUUUUCCACACUGUCGUAAGCACCCUUCUCUCAAUGUUCAUCCUUUCUGUAUAAUCCCUGUCAGCCAGUUUCUUGCUUUGCCUCUUGACCUAGGGUUGAUUUAAUUAGCUCUUGGAUUAAAGGUUUGUGAUAGGACUGAGCAAUAAGGACUUGUUCACUGUAAAGAGAAAGCUCUUGGGUUAAAGGUAUGUGUGUUAGGGCUAAGCCACAACAAACAAGAAACAGGUUUUUACAGUUCAUAGUCUCCAGGGUUCACAAUGAGAUCAAAUGUCCUGCAACAAGCAUCAGCUUUGGGAAGCAGAAUAUUAGACAGACAACAUUUAUUCUCUUUUGAUUUUUAAAGUGAAUUUGAGAUUUUUGUUUGUUUUGUUUUUACUUUUUGAGAUAGGGUUUUUCUGUGUAGACCUGGCUGACUUGGAACUCACUCUGUAGACCACCCUAGUCUCAAACUCAAAGAUCCUCUGCCUGCUGAGUACUGGGAUUAAAUGUGUGUACCAUCAUGCCAGCUCAUUGCUGCUGUUUUCACACUGCUCAAGUGUGUAUGUGAAUUUAUAAUGCUAUUGUAGGUUGGUCUGAUGCAUGUUACUGGCCCUCAAGAUCUCGCUACACCUGUCCUUUUUUAUUUUUAAUUAAAAAAAUUUUUUUUGUAAACCUCUGUAACACAUACCUGAUUGGUUGAUUAAACAGCCUAUACCUGGGCAGGACAGAAUGGGGUAGGCGUGGUUAAGGUUCCCAGGCUUUUGGGGUUCAAGAGAGGACCAUGGGAGAAAAACAGAUGGGAAGAGAGGAAGAAGGAGAACUCCAGACAGACAGACAGGAAAAGAGAGGAAGAUGGAGGACUGUACCAUGGGUUAGCCUGAAGAAGAAACCACAUGAACUGAGAAAACGUACUCCAAUAAUGGUGUGAAAAGGCCCAGAUGAAGAAUACAAGCAAGUAUCUUGGGAUUAUGAAUGGAAGGUAGUCCAAAUAGGAAGGAUUAGGAUGGAUGCAUUGGAUGGGGCUGGGAGAUGGAUGGGGAGGUGAUGCAGACACUGUAGGUAGGAAUAUCUGCCCAAGGUCAAUAAGGCAGUUAUCAAAUCUAACAGGUGCCUGUGUCUUAUUAUUUGUGACAGCAGGUUAGACAAUACUGCCGUGAUAAUCUUAGGGAUCAUAAUAAACAUUAUGUAGCCCAAAACCUUUUUUAUUUACUACAACAUAAAGUUGACCCUGUGUUUUUCUCUUAUUACAUUUUGCAAGUAUUCUGUAUUGCUACCUAAUUUGUAUGGUAAGGAAAUUAGUUAUUUCCUUAGUUAAAAAAAAAUGUUUGUUAUUA